AUGGCUUCAUGUGGCCUCUGGACGCCGCCGUCUUUCUCUCCCCGCCGGAGACUCCUCAACUUCUCCUCCCAUCGCCGGCCUCAAUUCUCAGUGAUCAGAUUCGAUAAAGAGCGUUUUCCAAAAAGAGUCUUCUGUAGCUACAACCAGGAGAACAACAACAACAACAAGGAUCGGACUCAAUCCACCGGAAUCCAAGUCUACGGCGAGAUCGAGAGGUUGUUAACAGAGACUGUCAAGCAAUCUCAAAGUAGCUCCUCUGGAUCCGCUGACUGGUCAGAAGUCGAGGGAGCGUGGGUGCUUAGACCUAGAAACUCGAAUCCGAAGAUGGUUGCUCAUUUCAUUGGUGGCAUAUUCGUUGUGCAGCUUUAUACAUGGUAUUAUCUAACACCGUCUCUCGUGCAGGGAUGUUUUGGAACAUUCGUGUCCGUAUAUGGGAACAUAAGAUUUGAAGUAGUGCAGGAUCUUCCAUCUUUUGGGAUUGGUCAUUCAUUGGGAUCCCUCAUUCACCUUCUCAUUGGAUCAAGGUAUGCUGUUCAGCGAAAUGGGAAUGUAUUUAUGGCUUUCAACAACAAGGAAGCGAGUUUAGCUAUUCCUUUGUUCUCCCCAGUUCUCGUUCCGAUGGCUCAAAGCCUCGGACCACUGCUAUCGCAGGUAGCAACAUCCCCGACAGUCCGCCUUGGGGCAGAGAUGACCCGAAAGCAAUUAGAAACUCUCAGCCCUCCCAUCAUGAAGCAAAUUCUACCACUAGUGGAACAGCUCCCUCCCCUGUACAUGGACUUGGUAAAAGGAAGAGAAGACUUUAUUCCAAAACCAGAAGAAACAAGACGCCUUAUAAGAUCCUACUAUGGAAUCUCAAGGAAUCUGUUGAUAAAGUUCCAGGAUGACUCAAUAGAUGAAACACCAAUCCUCGCUCAAGUGCUUGGCGUGGAAUCAUCCAUAAGCUCAAAGCUAGACAUGUCCAUCCGUACACUUCCAGGGGAUCACGGUCUUCCUCUACAACAGGCCCUUCCAGAUGUCCCACCAGCAAUGGCUGACGCUGUGAAUCGAGGAAGUGAGUUUUUGGCGAAUAUGGCUGUUGGAACACCGUGGGAGUCUGUGGCUAAAGAGGUUGGAGGUACGCUCGGAAUGGACUCGAAGAUCCUUAAUGCGUACGCGUCCAAAGAUCUUGCCCAGCUCGUCGAUGCAGUCACAUCUUGGAUGGCUUCAAAUAUGGGUCCAAAACUUCUGAGAUCAUAG